UCUAGCAUGUGCCUGUUUGCUUGGUGCUGUUCUCCUGAUAAAUCACAACAAAGCUUCCAGAGGGAGAGAAAGGAUGGACGGCCCGGCUGCCCCUGUUACUAAAUCUGCAACUGCCAAGUUAGUUAAGAGAAAUUUCCUUGAGGCUCUAAAGUCAAAUGACUUCGGAAAAUUGAAGGCCAUUUUAAUCCAACGGCAAAUAGAUGUGGACACAGUUUUUGAAGUUGAAGAUGAGAAUAUGGUUUUGGCAUCUUAUAAACAAGGUUAUUGGUUGCCUAGUUACAAAUUAAAGUCUUCUUGGGCCACAGGCCUGCAUCUUUCUGUCUUAUUUGGUCAUGUGGAAUGUCUUCUGGUGCUACUGGACCACAAUGCUACAAUCAAUUGUAGACCCAAUGGGAAAACCCCUCUUCACGUGGCUUGUGAAAUGGCCAACUUGGAUUGUGUUAAGAUCCUCUGUGACCGUGGAGCAAAGCUCAAUUGCUACUCCUUAAGUGGACACACAGCUUUACACUUCUGUACAACUCCAAGCUCCAUUCUCUGUGCCAAGCAGUUGGUUUGGAGAGGGGCGAAUGUGAACAUGAAGACCAACAACCAGGAUGAGGAGACACCCUUGCACACAGCUGCCCACUUUGGCCUUGCAGAGCUGGUGGCCUUCUACGUGGAGCAUGGGGCUAUAGUGGACAGUGUGAAUGCCCACAUGGAGACCCCCCUGGCUAUCGCCACCUACUGGGCCCUCCGCUUUAAAGAGCAGGAGUACAGCAGGGAGCAUCACCUCAUCUGCCGUAUGCUACUGGACUACAAGGCCGAGGUCAAUGCCCGGGAUGAUGACUUUAAAUCUCCACUCCACAAGGCAGCCUGGAACUGUGACCACGUGCUCAUGCACAUGAUGCUGGAAGCUGGCGCCGAAGCCAACCUCGUGGAUAUCAAUGGCUGUGCUGCUAUCCAGUACGUUCUAAAGGUCACCUCUGUGCGACCUGCUGCCCAGCCUGAGAUCUGCUACCAGCUGCUGCUGAACCAUGGGGCUGCUCGGAUAUACCCUCCACAAUUCCAUAAGGUGAUACAGGCUUGCCAUUCUUGUCCCAAAGCAAUCGAAGUUGUCGUCAAUGCAUAUGAACACAUCAGGUGGAACGUAAAAUGGAAAAGGGCUAUCCCUGAUGAUGAUUUGGAGAAAUACUGGGAUUUUUACCACUCUCUCUUCACUGUAUGCAGUAACUCUCCAAGGACUCUCAUGCAUUUAUCGAGAUGCGCCAUUCGAAGAACGUUACACAGCAGAUGUCACAGAGUAAUUCCUUUGCUUUCCCUCCCAUUGUCAUUGAAAAAGUACUUGCUUUUAGAGCCAGAGGGAAUCAUUUAUUAAGGCUUAUGAGACAGAAGUUCCCAAUCCUUAAUGUUUAAGUGGACUUGCUGUGUAGAUGCAGUUUGCAUAAAUAAAAUGGUACUUGGGUUGAUUAUAACACCUCUGGGAUUUUGAAACACUUGACAAAAACUAUGUCAUUAAUCCUAGGGUAUUAUGGUGAGGGGAAAUAAACAAGAUUAAGAUAUUCUCAAAGACAAGAGCAUAUCCGUAACAUAAUGACAUAGCAAUAAUAGUAUGUAUAGUGCUCUUACUAGGUUCCUGAUUAAUUUUGUAAAAAUUUUCAUAUGUCAUCUCAUUUGAAAUGGGACCCAGGUUUUCCUAAAACCAAUAUCAUUCUCUCCCUUAUCAGUAAGGAAUAAGUUUACAUUACCGUUCAUGUGACAGAAUGCUAGGCUUUGUGAUGGGCCUCUUAAUCUUGGUGCCCUCUGUCCACUCCCACUUAGCAGGAAUUACUGUUGCUAGUUUUGCAAACUCCGAUCCCCAUGCCAAGCUCCUCAACUUACUUUAGUGAAGAAAGCACAUGAGCUUUUAGUCGAAUAGUUAAAACAAAAUCUUUGAGUUGAGUUAGAAGCGAAAAACAAAGACCAGUGCACUUGAAAGUCGAAAUGGACAUUUUAAGACAUUCUCACUGAGCCAAAGACUGGAGAUGCAAAGAUGAGCCCAAAGGGAGGACUCCUGCCCUCCAGGAUCUUACCACUAGACGAGGAUCCGGAUACACAAGCAGGGAACUGCGGUGUCAGACGUCAGGGGCAAGAGUACAGGUGCAGUUUCAUUCUUAGUGCUUGACUUUCAAAGUUGUGUUUCUGACAUGAAGUGUGGUUUUCUUUGAAGCAUGACAAUUAAAGAGUGAAGGGAUUGUGUGAAAUAGAGGGGUCUCCAGCCACUAUGAGUGUAAAUGUACUUGCUGUAAGAUUAUCUCCACAUCUAGAUAUUUUUAUUUUAGUAUGAUUUCCUUUGUAGUGAUUUUCAAGACUCCUUGGGAAGAAUAUUGCACACUUGAUGGCGCCCACGUAUGUGACAAGAAAGUUUAGGAAAAUGUGCACAAGGAAGUGUGUGAAGGGGAAGACAGGUUGAUUACUUUGGUUUCUUGGUGUAGUGGGCUGACAUAAAGCAUUUUAGCAAGAAGGUAAGGAGCACUUUCCUAGAGACAGUCGACUGCAUAAGGCACAUAGAAAGACUUUUGGAAAAUGGUAAAAGUUUGAGAAACUUGGAAAGAGAAGUGUGUUAAUCAGGUCUGUUAGCAGUUUGCAGAAAGAGAAAUGUAGAUGAUUAACCCCUGGACUUCAUGGUUUAUGAGGCCAACUUUGCUUUACUUUUUUGUUCUUGCUAAUCAGUCUUAGAUAAGCUUAUUGACUCUUAGCAUUGCCUUUUAGAGGUUAGAGCAGAAGUAAUUAAGCACAGAGAGGUCUAUUUGCUAGGUGUGAGCAGGGUUUUUUUAAAAUAUUUAUAUGGUUCUCCAUCUUGUUUAACUUUAGAUACUUGAGUUUCGAGUAGAGAUGAUGUCAAAUAUUCCACUAGCCUGCCACCUAGACUGUGCUUUGCAUACUGGGAUUUGCGUACUCCUGGUGCUGUAUAGGAAGAAUCAUAAGUGGAUACAAUAAUAUUUCUGCAAAAUCAAUUCUACUGAUAUUUGGGUGAAAUACUUCAUUCUGUAUUAUGGGAUAGAAUACUGUAUUUGUAUGAACUAUUCAUAUGAAACAUGAUCUUUCAAAAAAACAGUUUGCUUGCAAGAAAUGAUAUUAGAACACAUUCUAGGAUGCCAAGCAGAGGUGCUGCCCUCCAGCUUCAAGGAUAUUCGGACAGAAAUAGUUGUGAUGAUGUGACUUAGGCAUUUAAACCACUGCUGAGGACAAAGGGAGAGGAUGUUCCUUGCAAGGGAAAAUAACGUCCGCCUGCUGUGCUUAAACAUUUUCUGUUAAUCUAGCAUAUGAUACAUGACUACUUGUUUUGAAUUGUUUAUUUGUGGCUUUAAAGUUAUUUCUCCUCAUCUUUGAACUCUCAUUUAGAGGACUUAAAUAAAGCUCUUUUCUUUCCUUUCA